AUGGCUUCUUCUUCUCAGAAUUUCAAAGUUCUUUCAAAGCUUUCAACCAUCAUCUUCUUCCUCUAUCUCUCCACUUUUGCUUCUGCAACUCUAAAAGUGGGCUUUUACCGUUCAUCUUGUCCUAAUGCUGAGGCUAUUGUUAAGAAAGUUACAACCAAAGCCAUCUCUCAAAACCCCGGUGUUGCGGCCGGUCUCAUUCGAUUGCACUUUCAUGAUUGUUUUAUCAGAGGUUGUGAGGGUUCUGUAUUAUUAAAAUCCACUCCUGGACAUCCAACUGAGAGAGAUCAUCCUGCAAACUUCCCAAGUUUACAAGGUUUCGAGAUUAUUGAUGAAGCCAAGGCCUCUGUUGAGGCUACUUGUCCCAACACCGUGUCUUGCGCCGACAUCCUUGCCUUUGCUGCUCGUGAUAGUGCUCGUAAAGUUGGAGGUAUUAACUAUGUAGUACCAGCUGGUCGUCGUGACGGACGCUUCUCAAUAAAGGAAGAGGCCAGUCGUCUUCCUUCUCCCACCUUCAAUAUCGAGCAACUCACCCAAAAUUUUGCCGAGAGAGGAUUGUCGAUGGCAGAUAUGGUAACUCUUUCCGGUGCCCACUCAAUCGGAGCGGCUCGAUGCCUCACCUUCUCCAACAGGCUUUAUUCCUUCAACGCAACGCACCAUCAAGAUCCAUCCAUGGACCCAAAAUACGCAACUUACUUGAAGACCAAAUGCCCGCCACCGAGUAGCCAAGGCAGCGGCCAAAGUGCUCAGCCGCUCGAGGCGGCCCUCGACUUUGCCACCCCUAAUCAUCUAGACAACCAAUACUACAUUGGCCUAAGGAACCAUCGUGGACUAUUGAGCUCUGAUCAAAUAUUGUUGAGUAGCCCUUCCACAUCAAAAAUAGUUUUGAGUUAUGCAAAGUAUGGCUCCAAAUGGGCCUCUAAUUUUGGAAAGGCGAUGGUUAAAAUGGGUUCCAUUGGCGUCCUCACUGGAUCACAAGGCGAGAUUAGGCGUCAUUGUAGCAUUGUGAAUUGA